AUGAAUCGUACGAAUUCAUGUUCAAGGCGAUACCGAUAUGUAUCACCAAUGCAACGGUUAUUAGAACGAACCGAACGAUGGAAACCAAAAAAAGCAAAACAAGAACGGCAAUUACAAGAAUUAUGUCGACAAGGCAAAUUAAAACCAUUCGAACAGCCGAAGGAUUAUCGAUGUUAUUUUAUUCACGAACAAACAAGCAUGUUCACAAUGGACCAAUUGAUCGAUGAAGCAAAACAAACAAUCCAUUACACACUCGAUACAGAAGGCGACCCAAUCAAACAUCUCCCAGGCACAAUCCAGAUCGAAUUUGUUCGUCCAGACGCACCAACAACAGUCAUCGUGAUCGAGGUGAAUUAUCUCCCACCAAUCACUUCGCUUUUAUUCACAAAAAUCAAACAACUAUGUUCGAUAAUAUUAUCGUCGAACAACACGAUUUUCUCAUGGGGCGACAUCGACGACGAAUUAAAAUCGUUCAUGAACUUGGACUUAUUCACGGGAGGAUUCAAAGUAGAUGCCGUCGAUGUACAAAAGAAAUACGAUCCAUAUGAUAAAUGCGGCUUACAGUCCGUGAUCGAAUCCACAUAUCGGCAAUAUUUGGAUAAGACCGCAACUUUAGCUGAAUGGUCAUGUGGUAUCGAUUUCUGUUUAGGUACAUAUAGGCCACGACAUGUACAUGGCGAAGAAUAUCGACAACGUGAACAGGACGAAAAAGACUAUCGACGCAUGUUACAACAAUAUGCAAUCAACGACGUGUUCGCUGUUACCAAGAUCGCACGUGAUAUGAAAUUAAUUAAAUGGUUAACAACACCACCAACCACAGCACGUGAAGAAGAACCAGCAGAUGUCCGCCAUGUCUACGAUGAACCGAUUCAAGAACAGCCAAUCGAAUUAGAACCACCCGAAGAUGAACCUCGAGUUCAUGAUAUAGAUGAAUCAUAUGGCUAUGACGACGAAUUAAUCAUCGAUAUCGACUUACCACCAAUCGAUAAUGAAAGAAGUAUCUUCGAUUACGAAGACGCUACUCCAGCCGAAGACAACAAUAAUGAUUCAUCAUUACAAGCUUCAGCAGAACAAGAGCCAUUCGAAUCAUCAUUACAAUGUGAUCCAACGUUAUCAAAUUACAAUGAAACAUCGCAUUACGAUGAAUUAGAACCAAUUAGUGAUGAUGAAUUACCGGAAUACAUGAAGCUUCAUUUACCACCUCCAUCAGAAAAACGAACAUUAGAUGAACCUCGAGUUCAUGAACAGGAUGAACCAAAGAAAGUAAGACGUUCUUAUUAUCUAGGUCCUCAUUUGAAUUUAGGUGAAAACGCGACCAAAAAUCAAGAAAGCAGUCUUCGACGCCGAUCAAAUCGUUAUAGAUCAGAAGUUAUUCGACCAAUCUAUGAAGCAUUCAACUACGACCAUAUCAAAGAAAUAUUCAGCGCAAUCAACAUCAAGGUCCUGAACGUCAACGUCAGAAACGGUCAAUUAUACAUUGGUGUCAAAAGUCCAGAAGCAGCCGAUGAACUUGAACAAAUCCUGCAUCGUCGAAUGUUUACUGAAGAACAUUACCACCAUUACAUGAACACGAAGAUGAAGAUGAUCAAGAAGAAGAGAACGAAGAGACGCUACUAG